AUGGCUGGAACGCAGGUGGGGCUGCAUGGACCAUUCCCGGACCCGCAGGUCAGGUCGGGCACAGACUCGGAUUCUGAUUCAGACUCAGAGGGUCUGGGCACGGGCAGUGCUGGACCAGGCUCAGGCUCCCUGCUGCAUUCGCAGGUCAUCCACAGCGGCCACUUCAUGGUCUCCUCGCCGCACAGCGACUCGGUGCCCCGCCGGCGCCACCAUGGUACUGAGCCAGAGCCAGCUGAUCCCCACACCAUCGACCUGACCCUCACUCGGCUCUUCGAGUGCAUGAGCCUGGCCUACAGUGGGAAGCUGGUGUCUCCAAAGUGGAAGAAUUUCAAGGGUCUGAGGUUGCUUUGCCGAGAUAAAAUCCGCCUCAACAACGCUAUCUGGAGAGCCUGGUACAUCCAAUAUGUGGAGCGGAGGAAGAGUCCCGUGUGUGGGUUUGUGACCCCCCUGGAGGGCUCCGAGGCGGAAGAGCACCGGAAACCCGAGGCUGUCGUGCUGGAGGGGAACUACUGGAAGCGACGGAUCGAGGUGGUGAUGAAGGAGUAUCACAAGUGGAGGAUUUACUACAAGAAGCGACUUCGAAAGUCCAGCCGGGAGGGUGAGAUCUCCAGCCCGAAGCAGGAUGAGGGUGUGUGGAAGCCAUCGGAGAAAUGGUGCAACCAGCUGUUCUCUAGCGUGGUGCCCAUGCUGCUGGGGGAUGAGAAUGAGGAGGCUGGAGGGAGGCAGCUUUUUGACCUGGACAGCUUCCUCUCGGACAUCUCAGAUACACUCUUCACCAUGACGCAGUCCCCCUGCUCCCACCAGAUGCUCCCAGAAAACGCCUACACUGGGAACGCCGACAUGAUCCAGCCAGGCCUGACCCCACUGCAGCCAAAUCUUGAUGAUUUUAUGGAAAUCUCAGAUCUCUUCACCGGCCACCGCCCACUGCCUUCACAAAUGCAUCUGAGCUACCAAGAGCAGCCCUGCUUCACGCCCAUGGCUGACACCCUAUACAGCAGCAGCAGUACCCCACCUGCCAGCCACGCAGACCCACUGAUGGCCUCCAGAGCCCUGCCUGCCAGCUACGUUGAUGCCCCAAUCCCGCCCAAUGGCCACCUACAGUCUAGCAGCAACUGCUCCUCCCGGCUCAGCCUGCCUGGCUCCUUCCUCAGCUCUGAUUUCCAGCCAGCCCCGCGGCCCGUGGACCCCCGCAGCGGCCUGUGCUCUGACCUCAAGCACAAGCCCCCGCUCCAUUAUGGGCUCCCCAGCAAGAGUCUCAGCAUGGAGCCCUUCGGCCCUUCCUACUGCACCCCAGCAGCCCCCCAAGGAGCCUUCGUGCUGGGCCAGGACCCCCUGUACCCACCGGCUUCAGCACCGAGAUCCAAAUUCCAUUACUCCAGCUCCAUUAGCGGCUCUUCACUCUCCACGCCAUGCUUUACCCAGCACACGCCAGGCUUGAGCUACAGCGUGGACCUCCUGCCAACAGCAUACUCUGCUCUGUCCAGUGCCCAGCCCCUGCCCCCAGUGAUGCUGAGCGGCCCCACGUUUGCCACCCCCAAAGAGCAGUUGCCGUCUGGGGGCAGCAGCCCAAUGGUGAAGCCAGCCAGCCCCAAGACAAAGAGACCCAUGAGACUCCCUGUGCCCCCUUCCGUGGCUGUGCCUAACCCUUGCCUGACCCAGCUCCUGACUGCAGCUAAACCAGAGCUGGCCCUGGACCCUCCGUCCACUCCCAGUACCACCCUUAUCCCCACGUCGCCAGCCUCCCCGGCAGGGGGCCUUGCUGAAGUCCCCUCUAGCUUCCUGCCCCGCAUGGCCCAGCUGAGUCCGGGGCUGUCUCCUGGCUCCAGCCCUUCGCAGUCUGUCCCCAUCACACUGGCUGUGGUACAGCCGGGAUCCCUGCUUGUCCCCAAGACGGAGCAGCUUUCCCCCACAUCGGCCUGUGCCAGUGACUGGCUGAAGCCUGGACAGGUCUCUCCGGUGCCGGUUGGAGUGCUGACUGCCGGGAUCUCGCUGCAUCACUCCACCCCUAGCCGGGGUAGGCCGGAGUCCAGCAAGACAGAGAGCCGCCGCAUCACACACAUCUCCGCUGAGCAGAAGAGACGCUUCAACAUCAAGCUGGGCUUUGACACCCUGCACGGGCUGGUGAGCACUCUGAGUGCCCAGCCCAGCAUCAAGGUCAGCAAGGCCACCACACUGCAGAAGACAGCAGAGUACAUCUGCAAGCUGCAGCAGGAGAGGGCCGCCCUGCAGGACGAGGCGCAGCGGCUGCGGGAGCAGAUCGAGGAGCUCAAUGCAACCAUCAACCUGUGCCAGCAGCAGCUGCCCGCCACAGGAGUGCCCAUCACCCGCCAGCGCUUCGACCAGAUGCGCGAUAUGUUUGACGAGUACGUCCGCUCCUGCACGCUGCAAAACUGGAAGUUCUGGGUUUUCAGCAUCAUCAUCCGGCCUUUGUUUGAAUCCUUCAAUGGCAUGGUCUCCACAGCCAGCAUGGACAGCCUCAGCGAGACGUCACUAGCCUGGCUGGACCAGUAUUGCUCCCUCCCAGCACUUCGGCCUACUGUCCUGAGCUCUCUCCGCCAGCUGAGCAUUUCCACCUCUAUCCUGACCGACCCGGCAUGUGUACCCGAGCAGGCCACCCAGGCAGUGAUGAGGACAGACCCCAGCAACAACUCCUCCUAGUUACAAGGGAGGGGCCCGUCACACCUGGUAAGAUGCUCCAUUUCUGCAAAACAACCACUCGCCUUUACCAGCAAGAGUCUCCUAUUGCAGUCUCAGUCCCGCUGUCACCAUACUGCCUCCCCCAUCCAUGCGGUGGGAGGCCGUCAGCAAAAGGAAAGACAAAAUCAGUGCAUGAUCCAGGACACCUGCUGCAUGGACACGUUCCACCACCCAAGAUGCUGAUGUCCAGAAGAGCUUUUCCUCAGAAAAUUCCUUACCUGAAAAUAGCACCGUGCAAGGCUACACGUGGGAAAUGCCGACGGUCUUGGAGAACCUGGUUCCUUCACAACGACUCCCUCCAGGUGCUGACCUCAAAUUAAAACACUGGUAUACUCUAACUUGAAAAGAGGCAGAGUGGCAAAGCUUGGUGACUUUAGGGAGAGGGAUAGCUCAGUGGUUUGAGCAUUAGCCUGCUAAAGUCAGGGUUGUGAGUUCAAUCCUUGAGGGGACAAUUUAGGGAUCUGGGGCAGAAAUCUGUCUGGGGAUUGGUCCUGUUUUGAGCAGGAGGUGGGACUAGAUGACCUCCUGAGGUCCUUUCCAACCCUGAUAUUCUAUGAUUCUAUUCUAAGUGGAAGCUGAGAGAUGACCCUAAAUGUGAACAUGGAGAGCUUAGGUGAACAUUGGCUGAUGCAGUGCCCUGGAAAUCAUCCUGUACUCCUAAGGAAUUGAGAUCAGUGAGAACACCAGGUCUUGGCUGCAGUUUUGGAGUGACAAGCUAUGAUGAUGACCAGUGAGAGUAGGGGCUCAGAGGAGUCCAGGGUGCCCACUGAGAGAAGAGUGCCUUCCCCAACUUACUGCUCAGCAAUAGAGGCAGCAGCCACUGACCAGGGGAGGGAAUCACUCAGCUGCCUCUGGCUCCUAAGGAGAAGGAUUUGGGCCUUCAGUCUCCCUGAAGCCUUAUCUUCUGAAUCAAGCAAUGGAACCUGGUACUGCAUCCCCAGAGACCAAGGGACAGGGAGACCACAAGAGCUGCAGAAAAGCCCAUCUCAGCAACAAGAUGCUAGUGCCUCAUCCCCGACCUGUCCUAGGGAUGGAAGUGCCCCUGGAGAGUUGCAAACAAUGAGGCUGGUGCAUGAAGCUCUUUGUGGUUCCAUGGAAGAUGCCCCAUGAGAAGGUCAGCAUCUCUCACUGCCCAAGCCUUAUCUUCACAAAUAUGGCUGCUUCCGUUCAGUAUGCGAGGUCCUAGACUCUGGAUAACCAACUCUAUCCAGACUCUGUGUGUUUGCUUUAGUCUCCAGCCCAUUGUUAAUAGCUCCCAUGUCCACACUAGGUCUGAGUGGUUACUCUGGCUGGUGGGUGUUAAAUUCUAAGCAGUGGUUGUUCUGGUCACAUCUCUGGUGGAAUCCCCACCUCCCUUUCAGUCAAAUUUGAACUCAGAAGCUGGCUUCUGGAGUGGAGAAUACUGUACAAAUCAACAGAAAUCUCCUGUUCAUAUUGUUGUUGUGCUCAGCUGAAUAACUGGGCUGCUCAGUUGUCUCCUGCUGCAUUUUGUUGCCCUUUUGCUCCUUUUCCUGUAACGUGAGCAACAUAGCCUCUUGUCUCUCAUGUUUGGAACAGUAGCUCAAAGGCAGCUGCUGGAUUUCCCCUUUAUGGGUGUUUCCCAAGCAAAUAUUUUCUGUCUUUUAGUUUUAGGAUGUUCUAGAAUGCAGAAGUUUUCCCGUGAAUGUUGUCUGAUGUCAUGUUGCCAAAGGAAUGUCCUGUUCCUAUAUCCCAUGCUGCAUGCCCUGGCUCUGUAAGCAAUGGCAGAUCCUUUGUGAUAAAGA